CUUCCCUCGUCUUUCUCUCCCUCGGUUUCUCGGUUCCUGUCACCCUGCCAGACCCGGACCCAGACCCAGACCCAGACCCGGAGUACCCUGGACAUGGACGAGCUUCUGCUACCGAGCGGCGGCGGCGGCAGUGGGGGGGAGGAGGCGCCCUCGGACACCGGUUCCUACGCCCCGGCGUCCGCCCAGCCGAGCGUGGGCGACCGCGUGGAGCCGCUCCUCCACGGGCUGGGGACCCGGACCCGGAGCCUGAGGGAUUUCAUGAAGAGGAACGGGCUGCUGACGUUGUCCGUCAUCUCCGUGCUCACCGGCUGCACCAUGGGCUUCAUGCUGAGGGGGACGCACCUGUCCACGCAGGCUAAGAUCUACUUCUCCUUCCCCGGGGAGCUGCUGAUGAGGAUGCUGAAGAUGCUCAUCCUCCCCCUCAUCACCUCCAGUGUGACGAUGUCUUCGUCCCUCCCCAGGAACAUGGUCCCCUCCAAUCUGAUCGAGGCCACGUUCAAACAGUACAAAACGGACCUGGUUCCGAUCCUCAAAGUCCAUACCAAGACCGUCCAGCCCAACUUCGUCUACGUGUUCCCGGACGAGAGCGACCCUAAGGGCCGGACGGUGUUCCUGGAGCUGACCCCGCCUCCGGAGGUCAUGUACAAGACCAGUCCCGGCGCCAGCGGCCAGAUGAACGUCCUGGGCAUCGUCAUCUUCUCCGCCACCAUGGGCCUGUUGCUAGGCAGAAUGGGAGAGCGAGGCGCCCCAUUGGUCAACGUCUGUCAGUGUGUCAACGAGUGUGUCAUGAAGAUUAUCAACGCCGCUGUCUGGUACUUCCCGUUCGGCAUCAUCUUCCUGGUGGCGGGAAAGAUCCUGGACAUGCAGGACCCGAGCACCCUGGGCAGGAAGCUGGGCUGGUACGGCAUCACGGUGCUCGCCGGCCUCUUCGUGCACGGCAUCCUCCUCCUGCCGCUCUUCUUCUUCAUCCUCACCAAGAAGAACCCGUUCUCCUACAUCCGGGGGCUGCUGCAGGCCAUGGUGAUCGCCCUUGCCACCUCCUCCAGGUCAGAGUCCAACCCCGGGGACAUCUGGUGA